GCGAGUUUGAGGUCAGGUCUAAAACAUCUGGCUCAGCUAUAGCACCAAAUGCUGUCAUCGACGGGAGGUCCCAGAGAAAGUACCUUCAACAAAACCUUAAACCUCAACAACAGAGGCUCAUCAUCAUCAUCAUCAUCAUCAUCCUUAAAAUCACUUUCAUCCACAUCUGCAACCUCAUCGCCUUCGCCAUUCUCAACCUUCUUCCACCAAUCCAUAAGAGCCACCAAAACCAUGGAAGAGCUAUGGAAGGACAUCAGUCUGGCUUCCCUUCCUGACCAAGAAACCACCCCAAGAAUCCACGAACGUCCCCACCCAACCUCCAACUUCCGCAACGUCAUCCUCCAAGACUUUCUUGCCCGACCCUUUAGCAAAGAUCACACGCCGGUCAGCCAAGUCUCCACCGCCACAGAGACGGGCACUCUCUAUGGCUCUGCCUCUUUGGUGUCGCCUCCAGCCACUGUUUUGAGCUUGCAUUCGGUUUCUGAAUUUCAUUUCCUUGAUAACUCUGACCCACUUAGGCCUGACUCCCAUUUACAGCCCCAAUCCAUUUCUAAUAUCUCUCCUUUCGGUAGCUCAUUUGAGGCUUUCGCAUCCACUACUGGCUUGCCGUCUUUUGGGAAGAAAAGAGUUCCGGAAUCUGACAGCAGCUCAGGGGAUCGGCGACAUAAGCGUAUGAUGAAGAAUCGAGAGUCCGCCGCCCGAUCAAGAGCUAGAAAGCAGGAAUUUAUUUCUCUCUUCUUCCUCUACUUCUUCCUCUUCUUCUUCUUCUUCUUCUCUUUUCUUAUUCGUAAGUUAAAUGUAUUUCCUGCAAAAUGCAUGAAAUAA